AUGAUCAAAACACACUAUAAAUUAGGGUUUUUACCUUUCCUCUCUCGUUACUUGUAAUAUUUCGAUAAUUAAACAGAUCUAAAAGCAGCCAUGAGUAGAGGUGGAAGCUAUGGCGGCGGACAAAGUUCCUUAGGCUAUUUGUUUAAUUCUGACGAGAAACCAACCAAACCUCCGCCCUCGCAGACUACUGUUAUCAUUCCACCGUAUGGUGUUGAUACCACCACAGAGAACACUCCUGAUGUUCAAUCUUCUGGGAAACAAAACUUUUCAAACAACUACCAAAGGGCUCAAGGCCAGAACACAGGCAACUUCAUAACUGAUCGUCCUUCAACAAAAGUUAAAUCAGUUCCUGGUGGAGAUUCCUCACUGGGGUACUUGUUUGGAGAUAAGUGAUGUUGAUUGUUUCUUUUCUGCCUAAGAAUAGCUGCUUUGUGGGAUUUCAAUAACAUGUAAAAAUAAGGGAUUCAGUUCUCAUCAGUACUCUUUCGAGCUCAUGGUUAUCCUUCUAGUUUAUUAUAUGCAUGUGUGCAAGAAAAGCAGUUUGUGUUAGUCUAUGAAUCUACAAAUAAUUGUAUUUCAGUAAUCGUCUUGUUUGGGUUUUUUUUGUAUGACCAGAUAUGGAAAGAAGGAAGGGAGAUCCCUUUCCAUUUUAGUUCA